UUGGCGUGCUUUCUUGUUUUCAGAGAACAAGAAAAAGCUUCCAAAAAAACUUGCUGUAUUUCGCCAUUCCUCGCUUCAAAUUACAAGAAAAACGGCUCUAGACUUCAAAGCAAGACUAUAACGAUGUCUAAAGCUGCAGAAGAAGGAGAAUUGUCGUCUCCGGAUGAGAUUGAAGCGAGGGAAGAUGUGGAGUUGAAUGUUUUAGAUGACAUCUUGGGGGAGACAACUCAUGAUGAAUUUGCAGCUGAAUUGGACAAAGCCUCAAAAGUUCCAAGUAGAAGAUCUUCAGAAAAGUCUCCCUCAGAACCAAGUAAAGCAAACACAAGAAAGCGAAGUGCCCAGGAGGACAAGAAUGGAGAACGAUCWAAGAGCAGCAGUCCAAAGAGGAAAGCCGUGGAGAGGAGUCCAGGUAGUCCUUCUGUACACAAAAGUUCUGGGUCCUCUAAAAGGGUAAACGAUAAGGGGUCAAGUAGAGAGAAAAAACUUACUGUCCAUAGUGGGGAAAGGGGGAGAGGGUCACGUUCUCCUAAACACAGUGAGAAUGAAAAGAAAAAGGAGUCUGAUAAGGAGAGAGAUCAUGGGAAGGAGAAAAGUGAACGGGAGCACCAUCAUGGGAAAGAGAAAGAGAGGGAAAAAGAAAGUAGAGAGAAGGCCAGAGAGAAAGAAAGUGUUGCUAAAACUAGUGAGAAGCAAAAGACAAAUCCUAAGACUGAUGCAACAUCAGCUGAUAAAGAAAAGCCAAAGGAAAAGGUUAAGGAAAAAGAAUCAGCAACAAAAGUGAAAAGCACCAAGACAGCGUCUGCAAAACCUAAAACUACUGCAGGAAAGAAAAAAACCGAAACAAAAUCAGCAACUGUAAAGGAAACAGCAGCAAAAGUUAAAGAAUCAAAACCAACUGAAAAAAAGAAAGAGAAUGAAAGRAAAGUUGAUGAAUCUAAAGUAGAAACAACCAAAAAGACUACAAGCUCUAGCAAGCAACAGGAGUCUGCAAAGCCUAAAGAGAAGAAAGCUCCAGAAAAGAGCAAAAAAAAGGAAGUUCAUCCAACAAGUACUAAAGAAACWGAGAGCAAAGGAAAAGAGAAGAAAAGUAGCAGUUCUACAGUUGCUAAAAAACCAACAUCAGUUGAGUCUUCCUCUACCAAGACUUCUAAAACAACUCCUAAAUCUGCUACAAAGCCAGUUUCUAAAACCACUAAAUCGCCARCUACAAAAAAGGUACAGGAUAAAACAAACCCUGACAAGAGAUCAGAGRCAAAGCACAAGUCAGAAGACAAGGAGAAGAAGCCAAAAUCUGUUUCUAAGAAARAUGAAGGUGCAUCAAAGGGUAGUCCCAGUAAAGAAACUUCUGAUKUGUUAGUCACUGAAGAAAAUGCUGAUGCAGAAAAAAUAAGUACUGAGUCAGAGAAAGCUGUACAAAUGGAGGCUGAGUAUCAAGAGCACAACAAAGAAGAUGACAAUGAGGAGAGUGUGAAGGACAAUGAGAUAGAACAAGAUGUAACAGAAGAUGAAGCCCAAAAACCUAUGGAACAAGAGAAUGAUGAACAGGUUCUUGAUGAAGAAUUUGAAACAAUGGAAGAACUAGAAGAUGAUGACAAAGAUGAAGACCAAAAUGAAGAAAUCAUGCAAGUGAUUGAUGAUGUGAAUGGAGAUAAAAACUACAGUGGUCACAGCGUUAGUGGAAGUGAUGAGGAAAUAGUGAGUGAUAAUGAUGAUGAUGGGGAUGAAGGUCACUCAGAAUCUGGCUCAGAAUCUGCUUCAUCAAAGUCAGGAUCUGAUGAUGAAGAAGUCAGUGCCAGUGAAGAAGAAGAAGAAGACAAUGGGGGCGAAGAAAGGAAAUCCAAGAGUUCACGUAAGAGAAAGAUGUCGUCAGCGGUAGCUCAYGGUGGCGAACACCUAUCUGAUGGUGGUUCCUCUGAUGAGCAGUCUGGUCAUGUCAAGAGUAAAGUAGCAAAAGUGUCCAAGAAGAAAAGACGAAACAAAAUUGACAAGUAUUUUGAAGAUGCAAGAUACUUUGUGAUGAAGAGCAAUAAUGCUGAAAAUGUUCUUCUAUCGAAAGCCAAGGGUGUGUGGUCAACCCCACGAACCAAUGAGAAGAAACUAAGUGCUGCCUWCAAGCACUACAAGAAUGUGAUUGUCAUUUUCUCAGUCAAGGAAAGUGGCAAGUUCCAAGGAUUUGCUCGACUAAUGGGAGAAGCUUCAUACGAUGGACCUCACAUGUCUUGGGUUCUGCCUCCAGGAAUGAGUGCUAAAGCCCUUGGAGGGGUAUUCCCUAUUAAAUGGUGUAACAGACAAGAUCUUUGGUUCAGCAAGUGUACCCAUCUACGUAACCCAUGGAAUGACAACAAGGAAGUGAAAAUAUGUAGAGAUGGACAGGAAGUGGAACCAUCAGUUGGCGAGGAAUUAUGUCGAUUAUUCCCUGACGAUCCAUCCGUCGAACUUGAAAAGCAUCAUUCAUCUUCACGAUCAGAAAGCAGCCGACGUGYCAAGGAAAAGGAAUUAACAUCUAGGUUCAAUCRUUGUGUCAGAGUAAAGGUAGAUGAAGCUACUACCAGUGCUGUGAAAUACGAACUUUACACACCACGGAGGUUAAAUAGGACCCRCAAGCCGAGCUCACUUUAUUAUGGACGUUUGUCGAUCACCAUUAAUGGACAACUUGAACUGAUUCGCGUACCACUAGUUUUAGAGCCCCGAGAUGUGCUAAAUUUAGCUUUUGUUUUCGCCUCUGGUGACUGGAUUCAAAUCAUAUUUUCAAAAGAACAUUCAAAUUCAAGUGGUUUUACGGAUGACCACGGACUCGCGAGUUCGUCAUAUGUUGGUUUAUUCAGCAGGCACCGUAGUAGGAAUCUUUCCUCGGAAGAYAUUCGAAGAGCGAAGCGAAGACGAAGAGGUAUUCGCCGCCAUUCGGGAUCAAGAGAUCGUCAUGACAGUCAUAGCAGUAGCAAGGGAGAGGAUAGAACACGUUAUAGUGGUGUGAGACGAGAGACCCUUCUACACGGGUCAUACUCUGAUUACAUGAGGGAAUAUCAGCGGUCUCGACACCAGUCAUCAUUAUCAUCCAUCAGUCGGUCUCAUUACUCGUCAAGAUCGAUUGAUGUCCCAUCGUACGGAUACUUUCCUUCACAUGUAACUCACAGCAGCAGCUCUCGCUAUCAUCACAGAUCGGUGGACCCGUACRCAGCUGCUUGUGAUGAAUUCAUACGUAGAACCCAAUCAGAUCGUAGAGAAGGCAGCUAUAGAAGCCGUCGACGAUAACACAACCAUAUUACUGACCUACCAUCCAGAGAUUAACUAUACAAUGACAAAGAUAGGGGAGUGUACUGAUAAUUUGAUUSCACAAAACGAUAGGCAUUGCAUUGUGCUUGAAUGUAAAUAUGCAAGAAUUUGCAAAAAGAUUGAUAAGGCGAGUCAAACUAUCAUUCUUUUAUAUGGAUUGUUCUUUUGAAUAGUAGUGGGCAAACGAGGAAGUUUGGUUUUCUUGAUUUCAUGCGAAAAUUGUUUGUAACGUAGAAAGAAAUAAAACGUUUUUAAUAUGGAAUAGCUAA